ACGCUGCUGCGCUGGGAGCUGGGCAGGAGGAGGAGGAAGAGGAGGAGGGUUGAAGGCUCCCCAGCAUCACCCACCAGCUGGGGAGGGCUCGGGGCUCCAGCUGAGCAUCCUCAGGGUUGUCCCAUAUCCGUGGGGGCUCAGGGUCGGAGCCCAGAGCAGCCAGCACCAUAGCGUCCAACAGCUGGAACGCCAGCGGCAGCCCUGGGGAGGGGCGGGAAGAUGGCCAGGACGGCAUGGACAAGAGUCUGGACAAUGAUGCCGAGGGUGUGUGGAGUCCAGACAUCGAGCAGAGCUUCCAGGAGGCGCUGGCGAUCUACCCACCCUGCGGCAGGAGGAAAAUCAUCCUCUCAGAUGAGGGCAAGAUGUACGGUCGUAACGAGCUGAUCGCCCGCUACAUCAAGCUGCGAACGGGGAAGACACGGACGAGGAAGCAGGUGUCCAGCCACAUACAGGUUCUAGCUCGGAAGAAGGUGCGGGAGUACCAGGUUGGCAUCAAGGUCUCUAGCCACUUGCAGGUUCUUGCCCGACGGAAAUCUCGUGAGAUUCAGUCCAAGCUGAAGGCCAUGAACUUGGACCAGGUCUCGAAGGAUAAGGCUCUGCAGAGCAUGGCUUCCAUGUCCUCGGCGCAGAUUGUGUCAGCCAGCGUCCUGCAGAACAAGCUCAGCCCCCCUCCUCCUCUUCCUCAGGCCGUUUUCUCUGCUGCCCCCAGGUUUUGGAGUGGGCCUAUCCCAGGACAGCCUGGACCCUCUCAGGACAUUAAACCGUUUGCACAACCAGCUUACCCCAUCCAGCCACCCAUGCCUCCAUCACUAGCCAGUUACGAGCCCUUGGCUCCGCUCCCGCCAGCUGCCUCGGCCGUGCCGGUCUGGCAGGACCGCACCAUCGCCUCCACCAAGCUCCGGCUCCUCGAGUACUCCGCCUUCAUGGAGGUGCCCCGGGAUGCUGAAACGUACAGCAAACACCUCUUCGUGCACAUCGGCCAGACGAACCCCUCGUACAGCGACCCCCUGCUGGAGGCCGUGGACAUCCGCCAGAUCUACGACAAGUUUCCCGAGAAGAAAGGCGGCCUCAAGGAGCUCUAUGAGCGUGGGCCCCAGAACUCCUUCUUUCUCGUCAAGUUUUGGGCGGAUCUGAACAGCACGAUCCAGGACGGGCCAGGGACCUUCUAUGGUGUCAGCAGCCAGUACAGCAGUGCAGAGAACAUGACCAUCACAGUCUCCACCAAGGUGUGCUCCUUUGGGAAGCAGGUCGUGGAGAAGGUGGAGACGGAGUACGCGCGGCUGGAGAACGGCCGCUUCGUCUACCGCAUCCACCGCUCUCCCAUGUGCGAGUACAUGAUCAACUUCAUCCACAAACUCAAGCACCUGCCAGAGAAGUACAUGAUGAACAGUGUCCUGGAGAAUUUCACCAUCCUGCAGGUUGUUACCAACAGGGAUACCCAGGAAACCUUGCUCUGCAUUGCCUUCGUUUUCGAGGUGUCCACCAGCGAGCACGGCGCCCAGCACCACGUGUACAAGUUGGUCAAGGACUAGGGGCCCUUGGGGACAGGCAGGGGCACGAGGGGCCUGCAGGGGAGGGAGGGGGCCCUGCAGAAAAGCCACCCGUGCCUGUUUGCCUUGUGAGAAGUCAUUUGAAGACAGGAGGAGGAAGAAAAACAAUAGCCAAAAAAGACUGACUUGUGAUGAUCGCAGAUGUUUUCUACUUAGGAACAGUUUUUUUUUUUUCUUUUUUUUUCUUUUUUUUUCUUUUUUUU